UCCAGAGUCAGUGGAACCAGAGUCAGAGGACUCGAUCGUUUACCAGAGCCUUGUGCACAGAAUCACAUUCUCGUCACAACACUCAGCGGCGGUAUGUAUACAGCAUACGGCACACGAGUGUGAAUUGCUUCCUGAUGUGUCGAAGAUGUUGUGGUGUGUGGGAGGGAGGCGCAGAUUUGGGCGGAACGUUUACACACUCAAGGUUUGCUAAAGACAGUUCCCAGGAAAAGGCUGUCAGUGAGCACUAUCUCCUUGGAAUAUUGGAGCUGUCUGAGACAAAACGGUAGGUAGAAAUCUCGUGAUAUAAAAACCUGGAUACCACUCACAUCUUCAUCGGCACCUUGGUAGACGGUUUCUUGGCGGUUAGUUUCUACGGGUAUGGGGCCAUGCAAUCACAAAGCUGAAUAAGGAACAAAUUCAAGUCAGUGAACUACCCGAAAAAGUUUUCUGCUCGCGGAGAAGAACCAGCUGGUGGAUAAACUGUCACAGUCGAGCCUGGUCAUUCGUAGACAGGAAUAAGCAACAGCUGGUGGGGGCGGAAAAGUCGCGAGCUUGUGAAUCUCCACCGAAAGAAUGGGCCCCAAAAGUUCUCUGCUAUGGACUCUGGUGUUUUUCACCUCGGCUACGUAUCAUGCUGCAUUCCCAAUCAGCCUGCCUUCGGAAGGUCUGCAUGGAAUGACAACAGAAGCCGAAUCAAAUAGCAGGCAUGUUGUUCUUGUUCACGGAUCUGGUCUCGGCGCGUGGUGCUGGUAUAAGAUGGUGAAUUUGUUGCAGAAGCGAGGCUAUACCGUAGCUGCCAUCGAUCUUACUUCACAGGGAAGAGACAGAACUAACCCCGACACUGUAACUACUCUGGACGAAUAUGCAAAACCUCUAUUAAACUAUCUGGAAAACUUGAACGGACAGGCUUUUCUCGUGGCGCACAGUCUUGGUGGUAUCACUGUAAGCUUUGCAAUGGAGAAAUACCCCCAAAAGAUACAGAAGGCUGUGUUCGUUACUUCGCGCAUGCCUCUCAACAACCAAAGCUCUCAUACAAGUCUGCCACCUGAGAGUACGGAGCCGGGGAGGCCUUCAGAUUUUGUGAUUUUAAAUUAUGCAAAUGGGCCGUCAGCUCCGCCCACCUCCUUCUCAUACAACUUAUCUUAUAUUCAAGAUAUGUUCUUCAACGAAACUCCAGAUCAGGACGUGACUCUUGCAAUGCUGUCGAUGAGUCCAACACCGUACGCGAUAUCAUUCGAGGUUCUGAAAUUGACACCUGCUAGAUAUGGAAGCGUUCGACGAUUCUACGUGUUUACGUUGAAUGAUCAUCUGAGUACCCCUGCUGCCCAACAGUUCACGAUCGACCGGAACCCACCCGAGAGAGUCUUCAAGAUCCGUAGCGACCACUCUCCCUUUGUCAGUCACCCUCGUCAGCUUACCAACAUCUUCGAAAUGAUAUACAAUCUCUGAGAGCCGAAACCAGUUCAAUCCUGUACCAAGAGAACCUCUGAAAUCUGCGGACUCGUUUCAAUCAAAGCGCCCGCUGACUACGAAUAUCGAUGGAGUGAAGAAUUCACAAAGUCCAACAAGAAGAAACUUGGCCCUGGGGAUUUCCACACGGUCUUCGUCGACUGGUGCAGUGCUUGGUCCUUUUGGUUCAGCUAGGAUGCGUGGCUGGAGUCGCUGGACCUAAACAUUUACGACACAUUUGUCAUGCCAUGAUCAGCUUUCCAACUUGUAAUAAAGUCUCCAAGUCUUCCCACUUCCG